AUAUGUCGCUCUCGAUUUCUCACUCAAAUCAUCCACAUGCCAAACAGUAAGCAUAGUUGACAUGAUCUAGGGUAGCUAGCUGGGAAUGAGUUCAGUUUAAACGAUGCGGUUUAAUUAUUCUGCAUGAAACAUAACAUUUUUUUCUAGCUUGCUAGAGCUGUAGCUACAUAAUGCUAGCUGAACCUACGGGCUGAAAUGCAGAGCAACUUGCAAGUAGCUAGCUCCAUAAGCUAAUCAGUUAGCCAGCUGCCCAGAUAUAGCUAGGUAACUCUAGCAGUUGCAGGUUCGUUCACUGUCACUGUCCAUGAUGUCGGGGUUUAGCCCUGAACUCAUAGACUAUUUGGAAGGAAAAAUUUCAUUUGAAGAAUUUGAAAAACAAAGAGAGGAGCGCAAAUCCAAAGAAAAGUACGGCUCAGAUGAUGACGAUCCGAUUCCGCCUGACGAUUCUGUCCCCAGCACGUCCCGCCCCAGCCGGACAACCCGAAAAAUCAAGGCAGAGGGCGUGGAAGAUGGGGUGAGUCCCAGCGUGCAGAAGGCCUUUGCCUCAAUGCUGGGAGAGGGGGGUGAAGACCAGCUGGAGGACGACGAUGGGGACUUGGAGGGAGGCGGCGAGGCGGAGGACGAGGAUGAGGACCAGAUCGAGGCCCCCUCCGCAGGGGACGUGUUCGCCCUGGAGAUGGAGCUCAAUCGCGAGAACAAGAAGAUGAUGAGGGAGAGGCGACACCGUAGCAAGCUGCCCCGUGCCCUGCGGGGCCUCAUGGGCGAAGCCAACAUACGCUACGCCCGGGGCGAGAAGGAGGAUGCCAUCAUGAUGUGCAUGGAGAUCAUUAGGCAGGCCCCCCUGGCAUAUGAGCCUUUCUCCACUCUAGCCAUGAUCUACGAGGACCAGGGGGACAUGGAGAAGUCCCUGCAGUUCGGCCUGAUCGCCGCCCACCUCAACCCCAGCGACUGCGAGGAGUGGGUGAAGCUGGCCGACAUGUCCAUGGAGCAGGACAACAUCAAGCAGGCCAUCAUCUGCUACUCCAAAGCCAUUAAGUAUGACCCCAGUAAUGUGCGCUACCUGUGGGAGCGCUCGGCUCUGUACGAGCAGGUGGGGGAGCACAAGCAGGCCAUGGACGGGUACCGCCGCAUCCUCAACCUGCUGCCCCCUGCUGACGGAGAGCACUUCAUGCAGCUGUCACGUGACAUGGCCAAGAGCUAUUAUGAGACGAGUGACCUUGCCUCAGCCAUCGGGGUGAUGGAGGAAGCCCUGGCACGGUACCCUGAGCUUGUCUCGCACGAAUGUGUCAACAUGGCUGCCGAGCUGUACAUCGCCAACCACCAACACGGCAAGGCCCUGCAGGCACUGGUGCAGUUCUGCGGGAUCGUCCUGGAGAGAGAGGGCUCAGCCCAGGAGCCAGCGGGGGCGUGUCAGGAGGGGGACGUAGAGAUGGAGCAGGAGAAACCGCUGGAGGCCGACACAAAGGAGGAGAAGACAGAGGGUGAGGUGCUAGCGGUGCACGUUCCUGAUCACAUUCCAGUGGACAUCAGGGUGAAGCUCAUGGUCUGCCUGAUUCAUCAGCACAUAUACAAGCCCCUGGAUCCCAUGCUGACAGCGCUGAUGGAGCAGAGCCCGGAGGAGCUGGGUGAUCUGUACCUGGACGUGGCCGAGGCCUUCCUGGACGAGGGGGAGUACAGCUCCGCAUUGCCCCUGCUGUCUGCGCUCGUCUGCUCUGAGAGAUAUAACCUGGCCGUGGUGUGGCUUCGACAUGCAGAGUGUCUGAAGGCUCUGGGCCAUAUGGAGGUGGCAGUGAAGAGCUACAGUAAGGUGGUGGAGAUGGCGCCGCUGCACCUGGAGGCCCGCCUGUCCCUCUCCACCCUGCAGCAGCAGCUGGGCCACCCCGACGAGGCGCUGCGCGCACUCCACUCCAUGCACGACCCCGACACCCUGGCGCAGGACUCCGCCGCCGCCCAGCAGGAGCUGAAGCUGCUGCUGCACCGCUCCACUCUCUUGCGCUCUCAGGGCCGCAUGGAGGACUACAUGGACUCCCUGCUCACCAUGCUAGCCAUGCUGCUGAAGGUGGCAAUGAAUCGGGCGCAGGUGUGUCUGAUAUCCAGCUCCCGCUCUGGGGAGAGACACCUGUACCUCAUCAAGGUGUCCCGCGACAAAGUGUCCGAUAUCGAUGACCAGGAGGCCGCUUACCUGGAUGUCAUAGGGAAGACGAGCGUGCUGUCUCGGGAUGACUGGUGGCAGCUGCUGCUGCGCUGUGUGAACGUGCUGGGCGAGCUGCGGCGUUUUGAGGAGGCGGAGCUCCUGGUGGACUCCUCCCUGGAGUAUUACUCCUUCUACGACGACCGUGUCAAGAGGAAGGAACUGGAGUACUUUGGCCUGUCGGCUGCAGUCCUGGACCGCAACUACAGAAAGGCCUACAACUACAUCAGGCUGAUGCUGAUGGAUAACGUGGAUCGGCCGCAGCUGUGGAACAUCUUUAACCAGGUGACCAUGCACUCGCAGGACGUGCGGCACCACCGCUUCUGCCUGCGCCUCAUGCUGAAGAACCCGGACAGCCACGCCCUCUGCGUGCUCAACGGCCACAACGGCUUCGUCUCCGGAAGCUUCAAGCACGCGCUCGGGCAGUACAUGCAGGCGUUCCGGGCCAAGCCUAACGAGCCCCUCUAUAACCUGUGUGUGGGGCUCACCUUCUUCCACAUGGCCUCGCAGAAGUUUGUGCUGAAGCGCCACCCGCUUCUGCUGCAGGGUUUCUCCUUCCUCAUGCGCUACGUGGAGCUGCGUGGGCACUGCCAGGAGAGCCUCUACAACACGGGCCGAGCUCUGCAGCAGCUGGGGCUGGGACACCUCGCCAUCCACUACUACGAGAAGGCCCUGGACUGCCCCCCACCAUCCCUGGAGGGAAUUGAGGAUGACCAGGUAGACCUGCGUCGAGAGAUCGCCUUCAACCUGUCACUCCUGUACCAGGCCAGCGGCAACAAGGAGAUGGUCCGCCACCUGCUCUACACCUACUGUUCCAUAUGAUUCAUCUCAGCACCGGCUAUACACCUACUGCUGCAUCCGACUGAAAGGAAAGGAGCGGGGUAACGUUCCACCAGACAGCUCAGAGCAGCGCUGCUGGACUUCCA